AUGAAGUGCCUGAACAACCGCGCCGACAGCCACCUGACCGGGCAGGUGGAGUGUGAGUUGGACGCCAUGGGCAACGGGGCCUGGGUAAACCAGGCCUACUGUGGCUCCCCUCCACCCCCAUCCCGAGCCGUCAGCACCAUCUACAACCCACAGCCUAUCUUCCAGGGCUCCAUGGACAGCAUGUACAAACUGGACACCCCUAGCCCAUUCCCAGAAGAACCAGAAUCGGCUGACCAAAGCGUUGUGAAGAAACGUAGAGGCUGCUGCUCUUUUAUCAAAGGUUUGUGGAGUACAACAUUGACUGAAAACACCUCAAACAACAGAGAACUCUUUGUCCGAACCACAUUACGGGAAUUACUGGUGUAUAUGGUGUUCCUGGUGGAUAUAUGUCUCUUGACAUACGGUAUGACCAGCUCAAGCACCUACUAUUACACUAAAGCCAUGACGGACCUGUUUGUGAAUACGGCCAGUGAAAAUGGGGUUAAGUUUCAAUCCAUUGGCACCAUGGCCGACUUCUGGAGUUAUGCCCAGGGACCAUUAUUGAAUGGCCUCUACUGGACUAAAUGGUACAAUAACCAGUCCAUGGACAAUGGAGACCAAUCCUUCAUCUACUAUGAGAACAUGCUGCUGGGAGUCCCCAGGAUGAGGCAGAUCAAGACCAAGAACAACUCCUGCAAAGUCCACAAAGACUUCCAAAAUGAGAUCAUAGGAUGUUUUGAUGUCUACAAUGAUAAGAAGGAAGAUGAUCUCAGCUUUGGUCUCAUUAAUGGCACUGCCUGGACCUACCACACAGAGAAAGAGAUCAAGGGUUCUUCUCACUGGGGCUUGCUGACAACCUACAGUGGAGCAGGAUACUAUCAGGACCUCAGUCAAACCAAAGAAGAGAGCUCCAUCAUACUGACAGAACUGGUGGACAACCUUUGGCUUGACCGAGGAACCAGAGUAGUCUUCAUCGACUUCUCUACUUACAACGCAAACAUCAACAUGUUCUGUGUCAUCAGGUUGGUGGUUGAAUUCCCAGCGACUGGUGGAGCCAUCCCUUCCUACCAGAUACGAACAGUGAAAUUGAUUCGUUACAUCACCUAUUGGGAUUACUUCAUCCUCGGUUGCGAGAUGGUCUUCUGUUUGUUUAUCCUCUACUAUGUUGUGGAGGAGAUUCUUGAACUGCGAAUACACAAGUUUGCCUACUUUAAAAGCAUCUGGAACAUACUGGAUAUUGUGGUCAUAAUGCUCGCCAUUGUUGCCAUCAUAUUCAAUAUCUUCCGUACUGUCAAAGUGGAUAACUUGCUUGGCAAACUGCUACAAAAACCUGGUAUCUACGCUGAUUUCGAAUUUCUGGCAUUCUGGCAAACACAAUACAACAACAUGAAUGCAGUGAACUUGUUCUUUGCAUGGAUCAAGGUUUUCAAGUACAUCAGUUUUAACAAGACAAUGACUCAGCUGUCCUCCACACUGGGUCGAUGUGCUAAAGAUAUCUUGGGAUUUGCUGUCAUGUUCUUCAUUGUGUUCUUUGCCUACGCUCAGCUCGGAUAUUUGCUCUUUGGUACAGAGGUUGAUACUUUCAGCACCUUCGUCAAGUGCAUCUUCACACAGUUCAGGAUUAUUCUUGGAGACUUUGAUUAUGAUGCCAUCGACCGUGCAAACAGAGUUCUUGGGCCAAUCUAUUUUGUCACUUACGUGUUCUUUGUUUUUUUUGUUCUACUGAACAUGUUUUUGGCGAUCAUAAAUGACACAUACUCUGAGGUCAAGGAGGAGCUGUCAUCCCAAAAAGAUGAGCUGCAGAUUACUGAUAUCAUCAAACAGAGUUAUAUGAAGACAUUCAUGAAGCUGAAACUGAAAAAUGAGAAAAUAUCAGAUGUUCAGAAGGCUCUACGGUCUGGAUCUGGAGAAAUUGAAUUCAAGGACUUCAGAGAAACUCUGAAGGAGAUGGGACAUGCUGAUCAUGAAAUUUCUGCAGCUUUCUCACGAUUUGACUGUGAUGGGAACCAAAUUCUAGACCAAGAUGAACAAGACAGGAUGAAAACAGAGCUGGAAGAAAAGAGGGAUGCUCUUUGUGCCGAACUCAACAAUCUUGGAAUUAAUUAUGAGAAAGAUUUACUGGAGAAGCCUUCUAUGACCUCAAAUGAUCAGAAGAACCACUCUAGUCAAACCACUGUGGAUCGGGAACAGUUUAUAAGGCUGAACAGGCAGGUUCUCCACCUUGAAAGCUCUGUGGCAGGCCUCACAUCCAGGAUUGAGUUGAUUAUGGAGAAACUGGGGUUACAAGACAAAACUAAAGGGAACAAAUCAGCAGGGAAACUAUCUGUGACCAAAAAUGAUGUGAGUACGAAAAAAAAAAAUUAAACCUGGAGAAAUGUCAGUAGUUGUAUGCAUCAAAUGAUCCUUUAAUGGGAAGCCACAUGUCUAAAACAAAUCGCCUUCAGUGUACAAACACUAGAGAUUCUUGGUUUACAUGAAGUACA